AGCUUGGGGCAAGAAGUUAAAAGUAAAUUAAAAUAAAAAGUGCUGUUAAUUAACACUUGUCGUCGGCAUUGCAUUGCAAGAAAACACGGCUUAAUCCAUAGUGCGCUCUGCAAUAAUUUUAUUUAUUUAUUUUUUUGAACACCACUGCGGAAGCAAAAAGUAAAAGUGCUGCUUCUCCUGCCAUAUUAAUUCAUGGGUGUUGGUGUGUGUGUGCGCGCGCGAAUGUUUGAGUGUGCAAAGAAUUUGCAAAUAGUAUAAAAAAUUACGCAAAAAGAAACAAAAAGCGGCUCGUAUUAUACUACAGCAGCGGCAACAACAACAUUAGUUUGCGUUUCGUAGUCGUCGACGCAGCGGCGACAGCGACAGCGAAAGAGACUGCGAACCACCGGCGCAAUGAGCAGCAUCAUUGGGGAGAGCAAUGGCAGCAGCGGCACCACCAUCACAGCGUCCGCCAAUGGGCCGCGCGUGGUGACCAUCUAUAAGACGGAAACGGGCUUUGGUUUCAAUGUGCGCGGACAGGUGUCUGAAGGCGGCCAGCUGCGCUCCAUCAACGGCGAGCUCUACGCCCCGCUCCAGCAUGUCAGCGCAGUGCUCGAAAAUGGCGCUGCCGAGAAGGCGGGGAUCAAGAAGGGCGAUCGCAUACUGGAGGUAAAUGGGGUGAGCGUGGAGGGUGCAACACAUAAACAGGUCGUGGAUCUAAUAAAAUCCGGUGGUGAUUGCCUCACUCUGACGGUCAUAUCUGUGACACAACAGGAAGCGGAUAGACUGGAGCCGCAGGAAGAUCAAAGCGGCUACUCCUACAUCGACUACUCAGACAAACGCUCCUUACCCAUUAGCAUACCGGACUACAGCAUAGUGAAUCGGAAUGGGGAACGCUACAUUGUCUUUAAUAUACAUAUGGCCGGACGACAGCUGUGCUCGCGUCGCUAUCGGGAAUUCGCCAAUCUGCACUCGCUGCUGCGCAAGGAGUUCUCCGGUUUCAAUUUCCCAAAGCUGCCCGGCAAGUGGCCCUUUCAGCUGAGCGAACAGCAGCUGGACACGCGUCGACGCGGCCUCGAACAGUACCUGGAAAAGGUUUGUGCAGUCCGAGUGAUUGCCGAGAGCGAUGCUGUGCAGGACUUUCUCACCGACACCGAAGACGACAUUUCCGCCUCGCCGGUAGACAUUAAGGUUAUGCUGCCCGAUCACGAGGUUAGCACAGUCUCAGUUAAGAAGUCCUCAAAUGCCCAGGUGGUCUGGGAGAUUUUGGUGCAGCGCGCCAAUCUGACCGCGUACACGCAGCAAUAUUUCUACUUGUUCGAGAUUGUCGAAUACAACUUUGAGAGGAAGCUGCAGCCGCACGAGAUUCCGCAUCAGCUGUAUGUGCAGAACUACAGUACGGCCUCAUCGACGUGUCUGUGCGUUCGACGUUGGCUCUUCUCCGUAAGCAAGGAGCUGACUUUGCCCGAUGGCGAGCAGGCGGGUCGCUUUAUAUUCUACCAGGCCGUCGAUGAGGUUAACCGUGGCAACAUACGCGCCGAUGGACGACUUUACGAGCUGAAGGCGCUGCAGGAUGCUAAAAAGGCUGGCGAUUAUUUGGCGCUGGCGCGUACAUUACCCGGCUAUGGCGACGUUGUCUUUCCGCAUUGCUCAUGUGAUAGCCGCAAGGAGGGUCAUGUGGUGCCUGCCGUGGGCAUGAAAAGUUUUCGCUUGCACGCUUGCCGCGAGGAUGGCUCGCUGGAGGCGCAAAUGGUCGAGCUAACCUGGGACAGCAUCACAAGCUGGGAGAGCGACGAGGAGUCCAUGUCGUUUUGCUUUCAGUACAAUCGUCCAGAAAAGCCCGCUCGUUGGGUCAAAGUCUAUACGCCAUAUCACGCAUUCCUAGCGGAUUGUUUCGAUCGCAUUAUGGAGGAGCGCAAAUGGGAUGACAGUGGUGACUAGAAAAAGGAGGGGAGCAGAGCAAUCCACAGGCACACACACGCAUAUACAUACCCACACCCUCAUGGCUACAUGGCGAACCCGACACUGCAAAUUGGCUUAAAGCCUUAGGUGUUAACUUGGGUUUGCCAACCGCCAUACACACACACACAUCGGACAUAUUCACCCACAAACUAGCGCGAAUUGACAGCAGCAAAUUCACAAAUUAUGCUUAUGCAUUGCCAUCAUCAUCAUCCCCCAACAUCAUCCGCCAUCCGCACCCCCGGCCACAACCAUUUUCUUAUUGUUUGUUCCAUUUUUGUAUGCCAUAUUUUGUUAUUGUAAAAUUGAGUUCACUUCGUAUGUUUGUUUGUACUCGUAUGUAUGUGUAUGCAAAUGGCAGGCACAUUAAUGCAGAGCUUAAUCGAUAUGUAGUAAUUGUAUCUAUAGAUUAGUUUUUCAUGCAUUAAACGCCAACAUGUUAUUGUA